AUGUCCCCGAAAGCCCACCAGACCACCGGCCACCGAUCCCCCUCCGUCCCGUCCCCGCAUACCCAUCCAGCCCCGCCGCCGGCGAAUCCAACCCCCACUCCACCAGAAGAGAAGCAGGGAUCGCGCCUCCGCCUCCGACGACCUGGCCGCCACGCGCGCCUUCGACAGAGAUCACAGACAGAUGCGUCUGCAACACCACCACGACCACCACCGCCAGGACCACGGCAGCAUGGCGGGCCACGGCGGCAGCCGCAAGCCGUCGCGAUUCGCCGCCGCGGGGUUCCCGGCGAGGCCCGGCGCGGGCGGCUCCGGUGGCUGCGGCGGGACCACCUCCACGACCACGACGACCUACCUGGGCGCGGAGGCGGCGGCGCUGCUAGCGUGCGUGACGGCCACGCUGCUGGUGCUGCCGCUGCUGCUGCCGCCGCUUCCCCCGCCGCCGCCACUGUUCCUCCUCGUCCCCGUCGCCAUCUUCGCCGUCCUCCUGCUCCUCGUCCUCGUCCCCUCCGACGCCCGCGCCGCCGUCACCGUCUCCACGCCCGCCUCCCCCUCCUCAUCCUCUUCCUCUUACUUGUAGUAGCUAGCUAGUACUAGUAUCUGAUUGAUUGAUUAGAGUGAGUAGUGGUAGAUUUUGGCGUGGAAAUGUGAAUAAAAAUCCGACGCAGAGUCUUCUUCUUAUUGAGAGAUGAACUAGUAGUACAUACAUGGAGACGAUUUUGAUUUGCUUCACCUCGACGGGGAUUUUGGAUCA